CUCCCGCCAACUGGCCCCCCAUCCCAUGGGGUCUUCCGGACUGGGCCGUUGCCGGCUGGCCUUGGUCUUCGCAGUGCUCAUGGACGCUGCGGGCACGGCAGCUCUCCUGACCGGCAUCUUUGCCCGGCUGCGCCUCCGAGGCCGGGAUUUUGGGGACCUUUUAAUAUAUUCCGGGGCAGUGCUGGUGUUUCUGAGCCUGCUGGGCUGGAUCAUGUGGUACACGGGCAAUAUCGAGAUCGCCCCCGAAGAGCUGGCGAGGGACUAUGGCGCCAAGGGAGGCACGUUGGCACGGCUCGCCAGGAAGAUCUCGCGGACUUGGUCUAGGCGCCAGACCAGUGCGCUGGCCAUGAAGACGGUGCCGAGCAGCCGGGAAGCACCAUAA